AUAUGGUAUCGUUAGGAAUGAUAAGAUAAGAUUCAAAGAGAUGAGCUAAAAACAUUUUUUGAAAUAGGUAUCGUUUAUUUGUGACGUGUCUAAUAUACGAUAAAAAAAAAACUUCUUGAAUACAUUUUACUCAUUGACAUUUUCCUUACCAACUAAUAGUUACCGACAUAUUUUCUUACCAUGUAGUUACUAGUUUUAGAUAGUUUGUUUUAAUUUUAUUGUUGUUGUAUUAAUGUGAUACAAAACUGACAUUUAUGACUCAGCUGCCCAAAUCUGUCACCGUUGCUGAAAAACGAAUGGAAGAUGGUUUACACUCGUUCAGGGCCAUCGCAUUCUUGGUCUUGUGGUAUUUCUUCAGUGGAUGUACAUUAUUUUUGAACAAGUACAUCCUUUCCUAUCUAAAUGGAGAUCCUACAGUACUGGGAGCAUCUCAAAUGAUCAUGACAACUAUAUGUGGCUUUGUUCAACUGUAUUUACCAUGUGGAAUGUACAAACAACCAACACAUCGAUCCAAAAGACCACCAAACUUUUACAUCCAUAUGUGCUUAGUUGGUUGUACACGAUUUAUUACAGUACUUUUAGGACUUAUUUCAUUAAAUUAUGUAGCAGUAAGUUUUACAGAAACAAUUAAAAGUUCAGCUCCAAUAUUUACUGUAUUUAUUUCAAAAUUAUUAUUAGGAGAACAAACUAGUAUUUUGGUAAGUCUAUCUUUAGUUCCUAUAAUGGUUGGCCUGGCAUUAUGUUCUUCAAAUGAAAUUUCAUUUAACCUACCAGGGUUUAUAGCUGCUCUUGCAACCAACUUUACUGAGUGCUUACAAAAUGUUUACUCAAAAAUGUUGAUUAGUGGUGAUAAAUUCAAAUAUACACCGGCUGAAUUACAAUAUUAUACAAGUUUAGCUUCAAUUAUUAUUCAAAUUCCUGUGUCAUUAGUAUUGGUUGACAUCAAAUAUGCAGUUUCUAAUACUAGUUUAUAUCUUUUACUGAUGUUUAUAUUAAAUGGAGUGUUUUUCCAUUUUCAAAGUAUUACAGCAUAUGUUCUUAUGGAUUAUAUAAGUCCAGUAACUUAUAGUGUGGCCAAUACUGUCAAACGGGCAUUUCUCAUAUGGAUGUCAAUUAUUUUAUUUGGAAAUUCUAUUACCCUUUUGAGUGGGCUUGGUACUGCCAUAGUUAUUGCAGGAGUUGUAAUAUAUAAUAAAGUAAAACAGUAUGAUAUUAUUCGCCAGUCAAACAUUGUGAGUAAUAAACAAUAUUUAUUACAUAUUACUUAUUAUGAAUUGACAAUUAGAUUAUUACCAUCAUUUUUUUUCCUUUUAUUAUUAAGAGUACGUGAUAUCCGCAUGCGUUGUCUCCAUCUUACAAAUGUACAACAUAGCAAAAAACUGUUUUGCGCGGGAUAGAACCACUCCCUCGGAAUUUGAUAAAACACUAUUAACCUCUCCAUUCAAAAUUCGUACAAUUUAGUAUAAACAAUAUUAUUAUACUAUAACAUUUCUAUAUUAUAUAUUUUAUAUUGUUAUUAAGAUAAAUAUAGCAAAGUUUUCUAUAAUAUCAAACAUAUUUAUUCAUUUGUUUUACUCAAACCAAAAAAUUAUUUUAUCUUAAGGUAUGGCCUAAUCAUGUCAAACACAGGAAAUAAUACAAAAAUUAUAAUACAAAAACAAAAAAUAUGUUGAAUAUGCCAUCUGCCAAGGAAAUCAUACCUUAAAAAAACAUAUUUUAAAAAAGGUAUAUAAUUAUUAUUUGUGGUAUAUUUAAUAUUUUAAAAUGACUUAAUAAACAAACCCAUUUAAAAUUUAAA